GUCUCUAAAAGGCAUUUUGGCAAGAUUUGGGAAAUAAGUUAUUUGGUUUGAACCAAACUUACAGAGGCCACUGCCCACAGGGAAUAAAGACGGUCAGAGAUAAAAGACAACACCAGUGUGGGUCGGCUCACUGCCAGGGUGCUCGGUGGAGAGAGAAAAACAGCACGAUUGCUUCAUUAACCUUUUAAUUCCUACUUAAAAGGCUAUGCAGAAUAUGUAGGUGCUGAUCAUUUGGGACUUUUAGUGAAUUUCAUUAGCUAAGAAUACAUUUAGUUUUUUCUUAUCCAGUUAAUCAGAUUUUUAUCUUUAUCCCGUGUGUUUAACAUUUUAUUUCAGAUGGGUGACACGUUGGAAAUGAUGCUCCUGUUCACAUCAGAUUUUCUACUUUUUAAAACUUUUUUUUCUGUGUCUAUAUACCACUUUGUCCUUUUCCUUUCCCCUUUAUGUUUUUUUUUGGGGGGGGGUUCUUUUUGCUUAGCAUGUAUAAAGAGAAAAAUUCUUUUUCUAAAGAAUACAUACUAAACUUUGAACUAAGGACUCCUAAUGAUAACACCAUUAGCCAAUGGAUGGUCAUUGGCCUAAAGCUUAUAAAUAUUCUAAUGAAGAGACACUUUGGGAUGUUUUAUAUUAUUCAGUUCCUAAAAGAGCCAGUAAGUGUAAAGCCUGUUACCUCCAGUUAGUACCAACCGACCUUAGCUACAGUCCUGACUCUUUGGUGUUACCAAAUACAGUAAUUUCACUGAUGACAAUGUAUUUAUUGUGGUUUUAAAAAUACCAAACAAUUUAUGAUCUCACUAUAGUAUAUUUAGUUUACAGUCUUGAUGAAAUUGUUAAAUCAUUUAGAAAGGAACUUUUUCCCUUAGAUCCUUGGUCUAUAAUUCUGCUUGCCUUUUGAAACCAUAUUUACAAAGAAUAUAUUUCUAUUUUUUAUAAUUCCCUCAAAAUAGCAGAAAAUAUCUGUGUUAAAGAAAAUAUCUGUGUGCAAUAUGCCCGCCAGGAAUUAGUAUUGAUAUAUUGUCAGAGGUCAUGAACCUUUUCCAUAAAGGGCUACGUAAUAUUUUAGGCCUUUGCAUGCUGAAUGAUUUUGGUCAAAACUGCUCAACUCCACUGUUAUAGCUCAAAAACAGCCAAAGACAAUACUAAACAGGUGAACAAAUAAGCAAAGUUGUGUUCCCAUAAAACUUAAUUUACAAAAAGGGUGAUUAUCCAGGUUUUGCACAGAUUUUGGCCUGUGGGUUAUGGUUUGCACAGACCCCUGCUAUAAAUGCUUGUACAUACAAAUUUGAGUUUUUUUGCUAAAGAUUAAUCUAAUUUACUUAGAUGAAUAAAAUGGGCAUAGGUGGGAAUAUAAAUAAGACAAGGAGGAGGAAAAUAAACCCUGUGUAAGAGAUACUCUUUGUAAUACUUCUAAGUUACAGAGUUUAAAAGGAUAUUUAGGAAGUCUUGAAUUAAAUACUCAAGACCAUUAAGAGGAUAUCCAACAGCAAAAGAGUAGCCACAGGAAAGGCUUAAUCAGCUUUGAUACUAAAUAGGGGCAAGGAUGAGGGUUGAACUUGUAAAUUCUACUUUUGAUUAUAAGAGCCCUGUAAUUACAACAUGGCACCGGAGUGUAUGUUCCUCCACCCUUUCCACCUUGCUAUUUCUAGGUAAGUUAGGAGCUGAUUGACACAAAGGCUUGUUAUGAGAAGAUUUUUGCUCAGUGUUCCAGAGCAGAAUUUUACCCCCUGUAAUUAGUUUAUGUCUCAGAAUAUUUGCAUUUUUUAAAUUACGUAUUGGGAAACGAUUUAUUGCUGUAAAAAUGCAGUCAUUUUUAAGAAUUUUAAAAAAUCAGGAUGUCUUACUUCUUAAGACAAUGGACUGGAUUAGUCAUUCUUCUGAGAAAUUUAGAUUGCAUUAAUAUAGGGUGACAAGCAUACUCAAGACAUGAAUAUUUUCAGAAGUUUAUUGAACUAUAGCCAGUUCUCAUCAUAAAAUAAUUUUUAAAGUGCUGUGUCUUAUGUUUUAUUUUGGAAUAGUAUGUUUUAAAUGAGUGAGAAAUGCUAGAUCAUCCUGACUAAAUAGGAUUUUAAUGAUUUCCCAGAGGAAUUGGAAACUAGGUAAUUUUAUAAUGGAAUUGAAAAAUUCUUCUCAACCAUUCUGGAAGUAAAAGUUGAUAAUGGGUAUGAUUUUAAUUGAUGAGCAGUCAUCUAGUGUGACCUUAGGAAAACUUCACUGUACAUAGAUUACUGAAAAUUAAUAUGGUUUUUGGCUUAAAAAAUGUAAGCUUAUUAGCAUUUAUGGGAAAUAAUUUGAAAGUGAUUUAAAAAGUGAUUUCUUUACUUUUUUUCCCUUGAAUUCUUUAUUCAGUUUUGAUCAGCUUGCCACAGUAAAAUUGUUAAAUUUUGUGUCUUGAGAUCAAAGAGUACGUGAAUCAUUAUGUCCAUGUGGACAUUGUGUUUUUGUAUUUUAAAGUUCUUGCUGUGACACUGACACAUUACUGCCUUUUCAUUUGUCUGUUUGAAUGGCAGGUGUCUAUUAUGUCUAGAAAGUAGCCAAUGGAAUUAGUGGAUCAAAAAGCCGCACUCUAAGUGAUUAGUAGGAAAACCUACUUAAAAAGUAUUACUGUAUAAUGUGCUGGUCUUCCAUCCUCUGAGGAGUUAGUAGGACUAAAAUAUUUUCAUGAGGAACGUGGCUCUGCAAAAAAUACUUCAGGAUAGGGGCGCCUGGGUGGCGCAGUCAGUUAAGCGUCCGACUUCAGCCAGGUCACGAUCUCGCGGUCCGUGAGUUUGAGCCCCGCUCAGGCUCUGGGCUGAUGGCUCAGAACCUGGAGCCUGUUUCCGAUUCUGUGUCUCCCUCUCUCUCUGCCCCUCCCCCGUUCAUGCUCUGUCUCUCUCUGUCCCAAAAAUAAAUAAACGUUGAAAAAAAAAAUUAAAAAAAAAUACUUCAGGAUAUUGGGAUAGUAAAACCUGAGUACUUUAUAGCCAAGUGAUUUGGUCUAAAUACUGCUUUUGUUUUCUGACUCUUGUAGUUGACUUCCAUUUAAUUGGAAAUUGUUUUGUCUGUUGCCUUUUCAGUGUCACAACAUGGCUUUGAGUCAUAAAGGAGGAUGAUAUGCAGUUGAUCCUCACUUUUCACAGGUUCGACAUUUGUGAAUUCUGCUCGCUAGAAUUUAUUUAUAACCCCAAGGUAAUUCCCUGCAGAACCUGUGCAUUUGUUCAUGGACACACGCACUGUGGCGAAAGAUAGGAGUCUCCUGAUGCACGUGCUCCAAGCUGAGGUCAAGCAAGGUGAUGCUGUCUGCCUUCUGGUUUCAGCUCAAAUACGGCCAACAAGUGUCCUUCUCCCAUUCUAUUUAGUGCCACAUUUUUCACAUUUCUGUGCCUCUAGUUAGUGAUUUUGAUGUUUACAAUGGCCCCCAGAGGGCUGAAGUGUGCUUAGUGUUCCUAAGGCAAUAAGGCUAUGAUGCACCUACAGAUAAAAUGUGCGUUAGAUAGGCUUCAUUCAGGCAUAAGUUAGAGUACUAUUGGCUGUUCAAUGGUAUUGAAUCAAGCAUAUAUAUGUACAAAUUACAUAUUAAAAAUAUAAAAAAUAUAUAAAAUGUCAAAAAAUAUAUAAAAUGUCUUUAAACAGAGACAUAAAACAAGGUUAUAUAUUGAUCAGUUGGCAAAAAGGUGACUAGAGGCUCACAGGAACCUAACCCUGUAUUUCCCCUAGGAGCAAUGAGAAUAUUCAAUAUUCACUAAUUUAGUACUCACGGUGACUUUAUAGAAUAUAACUACCAUGAAUAACAAGAACUGACUAUAUUACUCUUAAGUAAACCUAAUUUCCAGAUGGAAGUUACAUAGUAUGGGUAUUAUUCAUCUUAUCUUUUGGUUUGCUUACAAUGGAUGUUGAAGCCCUAAAAUUAAUUUGAGGCUAAAAUGUUAUAAAACAAAAUUCAGUAUGUUACUUAAAAUAGAAUUCAUCUUCUUUAUUUUUCUUUAACAGUAAUACUAUUUGUUUACAUAUUAUAGCCCUUAACAACUCCCUUCUGCUAUUUCUCAGGAAGCUUUUUAUUGGUAAAUAAUACUGAUACAGAAUUAAAUUGAACUGUCAUAAUUUUCUAAUUUUAAUUCACAUAAAGUAAAGGAAAACUCAGGUUACAAAAGAUAAGGUGAAUGCUGCAUAAUGUUUGUGUUACAGCCUUCUACUUUUAAUAGUUGAUGGUGAGCAUUGUAGUAACCAACACAAAGUGGAGAAGAUCAGUUAAAAGAUUUAAUGUUCAUAAAAACAAACCAGCUACUCAGGUAAUAUUAGAAUGAUUGCUAAUAUGGACAUCAGAAAAUUACACAUUGGGAAGUAAAAAAAAGAACACACACUGUGAUGUUAUAAGCCAAAGCCUCCUGAAUAGGAGGUUAAUCAGUUUAUUUUAUAAAGUGCCUUCAAAAUACCUAGUGUUCUCUCCUCCAGGAAAAAUUACUAGUGUUAAAGUACUUUACUAGAAUACAGUUCAAUAAAAGAGAUUGCUGGAAUGGCUCAAGUGUACCGUUCUCUGGUCCUUGGUUUACUACAGGAAGAGAAUUAGGCUGCAUAGCAAAACAGUUCUUGAUUCAUGGAUAAGUACCAUUAUUUUCUCUGAAGUUUUAUAAACUAACCAGACUGUAAAAAAAUAUACUUAGCCUCGAGUCUAGGUAUUCUGAUUCAAAUUAAAUGAUUUUGGUCCACUGUUUCUGCAUGGCAGUAAUUAAUAUUACCAUAUAUGAGAAUAUUCUUAUGUGCCAGCCACUGUGAUAUGUGCUUUGAAUUUAUUAUAAGCUCAGUUAAGUAGCCAAGAGGUACCUGUAUGUGGCCGACACUGUAUUUGCACUUUUUACCGUAGGUUAUCAUUACGUACAAAUCAUGUAGUGAUUCAGAUGGGUAAAACAACCGACAAGAGAAAUUCAAACACUCAUUUUAUAGCUUUAGGCCACAGAUUUAAAUUUUUCUGUCAUCACUAAACAUCCAGUUAAGAAAUGAAAAUUUUAGGUGUCAUUGUGAAAGAUUGUACAUUUGUUAUUAUUUGGUAAUAUAACUCUUUCAUAUUGCUUGGUGGAAAAAACUCCUUCAGUACGGUUUAAUAAAAUUUCUUUUGUAACACACAGAUAUUGAAAAAAAGUAUCUUAAUCUUUUAAUAAUAGAUUUGGGGAAACAGGAAAGGGGUCAAUUGAUUAUUUGUCUAUACUUUAAAAUUUUUAGGUAGAUAUUUUAAUAAUAGACCAGUCUAUGUGUGGAAUUUUAUAAUAUUAUAUGCAGUGAUGAUUAACUUGAAAAUUUUUCUAUUAUAGACUCCGUUUUUUUGCUAAGAUUGACUUUGCCUCAGCAUCAACAAACUCUUCAUCUAAGAUUGGUUCCUGUGUGUCAUAUAUUUACAAGUCAGUGGAAAUUACAAGUCAGCACAUACAAGCUGAAAAGCCAAAUAAGGAAAUGUAAUCCUUCUCUUGACAGUUCUAAUUUAACUUGGCUAAAGCCAGUUUUUAGGUUGACUUGGGCAGAAAAGUGAAAAGAGAAUGCUCCACUUUAACCGGUGUCCGCAUCUGAAACAAAUAGCCCAGAAAUGUUUUCCUAGUGUACAUGUUAGAACGGAUAAACAUGUGCAGCUGUUUCUUUCAAGAACCUUUGCACUUGCAGAAUUCAGGAAGUCAUGGCACUCAACCCACUCUCUUGUCGGAGACAAAAAUAUUAUCCUGAUGGGACCUCCUGGUGCUGGGAAAACAACAGUAGGCAGAAUAAUAGGUCAGAAACUAGGUUGUUGUGUCAUAGAUGUGGAUGAUGAUAUCCUUGAAAAAACCUGGAAUAUGAGUGUGUCUGAAAAAUUACAGGAUGUUGGUAAUGAGCAAUUUUUAGAAGAGGAAGGAAAAGCUGUGUUAAACUUCUCUGCAUCUGGAAGUGUGAUUUCCCUUACUGGGUCCAAUCCAAUGCAUGAUGCUAGCAUGUGGCAUCUGAAGAAAAAUGGGAUAAUUGUAUACCUGGACGUACCUCUAAUAGAUCUAGUCAGUCGUUUAAAAUUCAUGAAAGUAGAUAGGAUUGUAGGUCAGAAUGCUGGCACAUCUAUGAAAGACUUACUUAAAUUUAGAAGACAGUAUUAUAAGAAAUGGUACGAUACCCGUGUUUUUUGUGAAAGUGGGGCUUCCCCAGAGGAGGUAGCUGACAAAGUGCUUAAUGCAGUUAAAAGGUACCAAGAUGUGGACUCAGAAACGUUCAUUUCAACAAGACACAAUUGGCCUAAAGACUGCGAGCAGAAGGUCUCAACAAAAUUCUUUAGUGAAGCAGUGAUUGAGGGGUUAGCUUCUGAUGGUGGACUCUUCGUUCCUGAGAAGGAGUUUCCAAAAUUAAACUGUAGGGAGUGGAAAAGCCUAGUAGGAGCAACCUACAUAGAAAGAGCACAAAUACUAUUGGAAAAGUGUAUACAUCCUGCUGACAUACCUGCUGCCAGAUUGGGAGAAAUGAUUGAAACUGCUUAUGGGGAAAACUUUGCCUGCUCAAAAAUCGCCCCUGUCAGGCACCUUUCAGGCAACCAGUUCAUCCUGGAGCUGUUUCAUGGACCAACGGGAUCAUUUAAAGAUUUGUCUUUACAGCUUCUGCCUCAUCUGUUUGCACACUGUAUUCCACCAAACUGCAAUUAUAUGAUACUUGUAGCUACGUCAGGAGACACAGGCAGCGCAGUCUUAAAUGGUUUUAGUCGUAUUAGUAAGAAUCACAAGCAAAGAAUAGCCGUGGCCACAUUUUUCCCUGAAAAUGGAGUAAGUGAUUUUCAAAAAGCACAAAUAAUUGGCAGCCAGAAAGAAAAUGGGUGGGCAGUGGGUGUCAAGUCAGAUUUUGAUUUUUGCCAGACAGCUAUAAAAAGAAUUUUUAAAGAUUCUGACUUUACUGGCUUUCUUAUUAUGGAACAUGGAACUAUCUUAAGUUCAGCUAAUUCCAUCAACUGGGGCCGACUGCUUCCCCAAGUAGUUUAUCAUGCUUCUGCAUAUCUUGAUCUUGUUAGCCAAGGAUUUAUUUCUUUUGGAAGCCCAGUGGAUGUCUGUAUUCCCACAGGAAACUUUGGUAACAUUUUAGCAGCAGUGUAUGCCAAAAUGAUGGGAAUCCCUAUCCGAAAAUUUAUCUGUGCCUCUAAUCAGAACCAUGUCCUGACUGAUUUUAUAAAAACAGGACAUUAUGAUCUGAGGGAAAGAAAAAUAACUCCUACCUUUUCACCAUCGAUAGAUAUUCUUAAAGCUUCAAACCUGGAGCGACAUUUACACAUGAUGGCUAAUAAAGAUGGAGGGUUAAUGACAAAAUUAUUUAAUCAACUAGAAGAGCAGCAGCACUUCCAGAUAGACAAGAUGCUAGUGGAGAAACUUCAGCAGGAUUUUGUAGCCGACUGGUGCUCUGAGAGAGAGUGCCUUGCAGCUAUUCAUUCCACCUACAGUACUUCAGGGUAUAUUCUGGACCCACACACUGCGGUUGCAAAAGUGGUUGCGGACAGAAUGCAAGACAAAACUUGCCCGGUGAUUGUCGCAUCUACAGCUCAUUACUCAAAGUUUGCACCUGCUAUCAUGCAGGCUUUAAAGAUUAAAGAAAUCAACCAUACUUCAUCAAGUCAGCUGUAUUUACUGAGUUCAUACAACGCAUUACCUCCACCUCAUGAAGCUUUAUUAGAAAGAAUGAAGCAGCAAGAGAAGAUGGAGUACCAGGUCUGUGCAGCUGAUGUGGACGUCCUAAAGAAUCAUGUGGAAAAACUAAUACAAAAUCAAUUCAUAUAAAAAUGUUUUGAGUAAAAUAUUUUUUUCUGGUGAUAAGCAUGCGAUAAUAAAUCACAAACAUUGAUUUGGAGUA